AUGUCCUCCACAAGCCAACAACGCGCCGACGCCGAAAAACUCAUAAACCGCAAUCCACACCGCGAUUUCAAAUUCGUCGAAGCCAGCCGCUCACCCUGGGACGACAGCAAAUCCUGGACCGUCACCCAAACGGUAUCACCGUCAUGGAAACUCGGCUCUGGCGCCAACGACCACGGCACCUCAUUAAAAAUCCCCCACAUCGAAAUCGAUCCUUAUGAAGAAGGACGACCCGCAGUCUACAACUACAAGCUCCUUAUCUCCUCGAUCAUCCCGCGUCCGAUCGGUUUCGUGAGUACGCGCAGCGCGGACGGAACUUCUACGAACUUGGCUCCGUUUUCUUACUUCAAUAUGAUUAAUCACGAUCCGCCACUUUUUGUGCUGGGAUAUGCAGGCGGUUUGGAUAAUGCGAAGGAUUCGUUGAGGAAUUUGAAGGAGACGCGUGAAUGUACUAUUAAUAUUAUCUCGGAGCAUUUUCUAGAGGCAGCCAAUGCAACGAGUAUUAAUGCGCCGUAUGGAGAGUCGGAGUGGGCUUUUAGUGGUUUAACUCCUGCGUCGUGUACGACGGUUAAGGCGAGUAGAGUUCAAGAGGCACAUUUUAGUGUCGAGGGAAAGUUGGAAAGUUUGAAGGAAUUUGAGAGUAAGGCGACGCCUGGGAAAAAGACGGGGGUUUUGGCGGUUAUUGAGGGGACGAGAUUUUGGGUUAGGGAAAAUGCUAUUAAUGAGGAGAAGAAUAUUGUGGAUCCUGCGGUCUUGAAACCAAUUUCCAGAUUGGGAGGUAUUACUUAUGGGAGGACAACGGAGGGAAUAGAGCUUCCCAGACCGGAUUAUGAGACUGUGGUUGAGAAGGAUGAGGAGGCGAAGAAGUUGGUUAAGGCUAAGCUUGAGAAUCAAUGA